AGUUUUUUCUAUAUACUUGGUCCACUCUCCUUUAAUCAUGUCUGCCUACUACUUGCUCCACUUCUCUCCUCUCUUGGUUUCUCCUCUCGUUCCCUGUUUUCCAGAAACACCUGGCUGUCUUGGUAACCGUGGAAUCAGAUUCAAUAGAAAUGGACGAGCGACAACCAGUGUCAUCGCUUGAAGAACCAAAAAGGGACGAGUCAGUGGCAGCAGAAACACCAAGUUUUCUUCCAAGAACAGGGCCCAACAGUUUCCUCAGUAAGCAUAGAAUGGCAGCUGCAAUCACCCAACUUCAGAGUCAAAUCAGUUCCAUACAGGAGGAGCUGGACCAACUUGAUACAUUCGGUGAAUCAUCGAUUGUUUGCAAAGAACUCGUAUCAGGUGUUGAAUCAAUUCCUGACCCGCUACUUCCGUCGACUCAGGGUCCGGUAAACGCUAGCUGGGAUCGGUGGUUCAAAGGAAACCAGAACUCGCGAAGACGGUGGAUCUAAAUAGUUUUCUAUCCAUCAUGAGUGUUAAUUACCACGCCCAUCAUUUCUAAUGUGUACUAAAUAAUGAUGUUUAAUGCAUAAAAGUUUAACAA